GUGCAAAGAAUAUCUGGAGGACUCACUAAUCAGCUAUACUUUUGUGGUAUAAAAAAUAAGAGCAAUGAAUCGGAUGUACCACAAGAGGUGGCCAUCAGACUGUAUGGACCCAAAACCAUGGGUGUAGUGGACUGCGAGGGAAAUGAGAGACUGACGGAUGUCAUCAUUUCGCUCAUAGUCUCCGACAAUAAGUUGGGCCCAAAAGUGUACGGAAUCUUUCCGACCGGACAAAUACAGCACUACUAUAAACACCGACAGUUCAAACCCGAGGAGCAAAAAGACCCCAAACUGGUGGCCGAAGUGUUUCAGAAGUUGGCCCGAAUUCACGCCAUGGAUGUGCCCAUCAAACGCACAAAUAACGGACUGUUCAACGAAUUGGACGACUGUUACAAAUGGAUGGCCGAUAAUAACGCCACCAAAAUGUUUGAUGACUACGCGUGC